AAUCUUAUAUAUACCUUUCAUGUCGAUAGUAUUCGCUCACAGGGAGAAAAUAGUGUCGAAUUUAGCUCGGGUGGUUGUAGUGGUGUGGAUAUUCGUGGUUUUAGUAUUGACCUCAACUUACACAGCGAGUCUUUCGGCAAGAUUAACGAUAUUAAAGCUCCAACAAGGCGAUACAGAUGUCAAUACCCUCAUCAGAAAUGGAGACUAUGUGGGGUGCCGUGAAGGCACUUUCCUUGCUGGAUUCUUGAAAAUUGUUGGAUUCGAUGAAUCCAAGAUCAGGAUUUACAAAGGUGCAAAGGAACUUGAAGUUUCAUUGUCUAAAGGAAGCGACAAAGGCGGCAUAACUGCAAUGUUUUCUGGCUCUCCAUACGCGGAUGUCUUCUUAUCCAAGUACUGUAAUAAGUACAGGAAAGUAGGGUCGCCUUAUCUCACAGAGGGCAUUGCCUUUGGUUUUUGAAAGGGGUCACCGUUAGUUGGUGAUGUGUCGAGUGCGAUAACUAUACUUACAGACAGUCAUAAAAUAGCGGAAAUAAGGGCACAUUGGAUAAGAUCUGGAUGUAAUGAAGAUGAUCCGUCAAAGGUUGGGUCGAAUACAAAUAUAGGCUUGAGAAGUUUCAAUAUCCUGUUUGCA